CCACUAGCAGGGCUGAUAAAGUCUCCUGGGUGGGGGCUAGGAGGGGCAGACUGACGCUGGCUGGGGGUUCACACGCACCAGAGCAGCACCCUGGGGAGGCCAGACCGAGAACACUGUCCUUGUGAGAAAAUGGCCGAGGCAGAAGCAGUGCAGCUGAAGGAGGAGGGCAACCGGCAUUUCCAGCGCCAGGACUACAAGGCCGCAGCAAAGAGCUAUAGCCAAGCCCUGAAGCUGACCAAGGAUAAGGCCCUCCUGGCCACGCUCUAUCGGAACCGGGCAGCCUGUGGCCUGAAAACGGAGAGCUAUGUUCAGGCGGCUUCAGAUGCCUCAAGAGCCAUCGACAUCAACUCCUCGGACAUCAACGCUCUGUAUCGGCGAUGCCAGGCACUGGAGCACCUGGGGAAGUUGGCCCAGGCCUUCAAGGAUGUGCAAUGCUGUGCCACCCUGGAGCCACGGAACCAAAACUUCCAGGAGACGCUGAGGAGGCUCAACACCAGCAUCCAGGAGAAGCUCCGUGUGCAGUUCUCCACAGACUCGAGGGUACAGAAGAUGUUUGAGAUUCUCCUGGAUGGAAACAGUAAAGCUGAUAAGCUGGAGAAGGCGGCCAACAACCUCAUUGUUCUCAGCCGUGAGGAAGCAGGGGCCGAGAGGAUCUUCCAGAACAACGGUGUGGCCCUGUUGCGGCAGCUUUUGGACACUAAGAGGCCUGAGCUGAUGUUGGCUGCAGUACGGACCCUGUCGGGCAUGUGUAGUGGCCACCGAGCUAGGGCCACAGCGAUUCUCCAUGCAGUCCGGAUAGACCGAAUCUGCAGCCUCAUGGCCGUGGAGAAUGAAGAGCUGCCUCUGACCGUCUGCAACCUGCUCCAGGCCAUCAUCGACGCUCUGUCUGGGGAGGACAAGCGAGAGCAUCGAGGGAAGGAAGAGGCCCUGGUUCUGGACACUAAGAAGGACCUGAAGCAGAUCACCAACCACCUGCUUGACAUGCUGGUCAGUAAGAAGGUGUCUGGCCAGGGCAGGGAUCAGGCCCUGAACCUGCUCAAUAAGAACGUCCCCAGGAAGGACCUCGCCAUUCACGACAACUCACGUACCAUCUAUGUGGUGGAUAAUGGCCUGAGGAAGAUCCUGAAGGUAGUGGGGCAGGUUCCAGAUCUGCCGUCCUGCUUGCCCCUGACUGACAACACCCGAAUGCUGGCCUCUAUCCUCAUCAACAAGCUCUAUGACGAUCUGCGCUGUGACCCGGAGCGUGAUCACUUCCGCAAGAUCUGCGAGGAGUACAUCACGGGCAAGUUUGACCCCCAGGACAUGGACAAGAAUGUGAUUGCCAUCCAGAUGGUGUCAGGGAUCCUGCAAGGCCCCUUUGACCUGGGCAAUCAGCUGCUGGGACUGAAAGGAGUUAUGGAGAUGAUGGUGGCUCUGUGCGGCUCAGAGCGUGAAGCGGACCAGCUGGUGGCCGUGGAGGCCCUCAUCCAUGCCUCCACCAAGCUCAGCCGUGCCACAUUCAUCAUCACCAACGGCGUGUCACUGCUCAAAGAGAUCUACAAGACCACCAAAAACGAGAAGAUCAAGAUCCGCACACUGGUGGGACUCUGUAAACUUGGCUCUGCUGGCGGCACAGACUAUGGUCUCAGGCAGUUUGCAGAAGGGUCGACAGAGAAGCUGGCCAAACAGUGCCGCAAGUGGCUGUGCAACACGUCCACAGAUACCCGGACCCGGCGAUGGGCAGCGGAGGGCCUGGCCUACCUCACGCUGGACGCCGACGUGAAGGAUGACUUUGUUCAGGACAUCCCUGCCCUGCAGGCCAUGUUGGAGCUGGCCAAGACCCCUGACAAGACCAUCCUGUACUCGGUGGCCACCACCCUGGUGAACUGUACCAACAGCUACGACGUCAAUGAGGUCAUCCCAGAGCUGGUGCAGCUGGCCAAGUUCUCCAAGCAGCACGUGCCCGAGGAGCACCCCAAGGACAAGAAGGACUUUGUGGACAUGCGGGUGAAGCGGCUUCUGAAGGCCGGUGUCAUCUCAGUGCUGGCCUGCAUGGUGAAAGCCGACAAUGCCAUCCUCACUGACCAGACCAAAGAGUUGCUGGCCAGGGUAUUCCUGGCACUGUGUGACAACCCAAAGGACCGAGGUACCAUCGUGGCUCAAGGUGGUGGCAAGGCCCUGAUUCCCCUGGCUUUGGAGGGCACAGACGUGGGCAAGGUGAAGGCAGCCCAUGCUCUAGCGAAGAUCGCUGCAGUCUCCAAUCCGGACAUCGCCUUCCCUGGGGAGCGGGUGUACGAAGUAGUGCGGCCCCUUGUGAGUCUCCUCAACACACAGAGGGAUGGGCUCCAGAACUAUGAGGCUCUCCUAGGCCUCACCAACCUGUCUGAGCGGAGUGACAAACUCCGGCAGAAGAUCUUUAAGGAGAAGGCCUUGCCAGAUAUUGAGAACUACAUGUUUGAGAACCAUGACCAGCUGCGGCAGGCAGCCACAGAGUGCAUGUGCAACAUGGUGGUGAACAAGGAGGUACAGGAGAGGUUCCUGGCUGAUGGGAAUGACCGGCUGAAGCUGGUGGUGCUGCUCUGCGGGGAGGAUGAUGACAAGGUGCAGAAUGCGGCUGCGGGGGCCCUGGCCAUGCUGACAGCAGCACAUAAGAAACUGUGCUUCAAGAUGACUCAAGUGACGACUCAGUGGUUGGAGAUACUACAGCGGCUUUGCUUGCACGACCGGCUGUCAGUUCAACACCGGGGCCUGGUCAUUGCCUACAACCUGCUGGCGGCUGAUGCUGAGCUGGCCAAGAAGCUGGUGGAGAGUGAGUUGCUGGAGAUCCUGACUGUGGUGGGCAAACAAGAGCCGGAUGAGAAGAGGGCAGCAGUGGUUCAGACAGCUCGGGAAUGUCUCAUCAAAUGCAUGGAUUAUGGCUUCAUUAAACCAGUGUCUUAGACAGGGCCCAGAGGGAUGCUGGGGCUGCUCCUGUUCUGUGCAGAGUUCUGAGCUAAGAACUCACUCCUGGGGUGUCAGUUCAGCUAGGGAUCAUAGCAGCGACAACGAAGUCUCCAUAUAAAAGAAGGACUUGAUUGUCCCCUGAGUUGUGAAUCUCCCCCUUUGCUCUAGGAAAGUUUGCAUGUUUCAUUAGCUCUCUUGUUCCUUACAUCUGUCAUGUUCCCAAAAUUCCUAGAAUAAUUUUCAUCUGUGAUUAGGAAGACAGGUUGGAUAAUUCUCUCUGUACCCAUUCCAAAGUCCAGGAUAAUGGGCUGAAGUUCUUUAUGUUUUGGAAAAUGGAUUGUGUGGUAAAGUAGGAACUAACAGGUGUGUGAAUAUAAACGUUAGUGCUGGUGUA